GUCACAAUACCUUCAUUUAAACUCUUCUGUCUGUGAGAUCCCGGAACGUUCUGUCUGAAGAUGCAGGAUUAUGUGUUUGGUUUGCUUUCUUUUAUUUGUAGUCUAAAAGGCCUAUCAUGUUCGCCAUGGACCAUGAAAGUACAGGAUCAGGUCAAUGGCACAUUGGGACAGAAUGUGAUUCUCCCUUGCAUCUUCACACACCCAAAACAAAAUACUUACACCGGUGACAUCACUGUUAAAUGGAUGCAGAGAAACAAACAAGAACUCAUUUUUGAAUGCAUACUUCACAACAAGACAAAUGCACAAAACAACAACUGUAAUUUUCUAAUAUCAUCAGAGCGAUUCUCGCUUAAAGGUAACCCCAGAAAAGGAGACAUUUCCUUAGGAAUCAAUCAUUUACAGUUUACCGAUGCCUCACAGUACACCUGUAGGGUAGAGCUGGAUUAUUGGAAAUUCGAGAAACACACAACGUUUAAUGUCAACGCUCCAGCACAAAUUCUCAGCCUAUCCAUGGAUUUAGAGGUUCUGGGUAUGAUGGUGAAAUGCAUUGCCCAAGGGAAUCCACUUCCAGAAUUAAAAUGGACCUCCUCAUCUGGACCACUAGAAAACGUUCCAAUCAAAACUGACCACACAAACUUCAUAGUCAUCAGCUCAGUUCCACACUCUGAGCAGGAUGUGUACACUUGCCAAACUGUGAACUCGCUGGGCCAGGAUCAGAAAACAUUUCCACCAAACCAUUCAAAUUGUUUUGGUCUCAAGGUGACGACUGGCAUUCUGGGGUGUUUGCUGCUGCUCGGGCUUGUGGCGUUCAUUUUGGAUGCGCUGAAAAGAAGUAAGUGCUUGAUUAUUUUUUGUGCAUUUUUAAAUUAAAAAUGGUUAUGUGCAAAUUCUAAUAUGCUGUAUGUGUUGUUAUUUCCACAAAAAAAAAAAGGACAAAGUGCAGUCAUGCUACAGUAAGAUUGCUUGCCAUUCAU